UCUUUUCGGAGCUCUCGGGGGGCUGUCCGGGCGUGUAUGUGUGUGUGUAUGUGCGCGCAGUGGUGCGAAAAAUCAUGCUGAUGAACUACUUUUGCUCCGAUUUUGGUGCCUAAGCUGGUGAUUACUUAAUUGGUGCGAGGGUGUUCUUAUUUGGCUAAUUCGAUGGAACCAAUUCCACGGUGGAAAAGUCACCAGUUGGGUUUUCGUCGAUCGCUGGAGCGGCUGCACCGUUGAUCACCGUUGAAGCUGCACAACAGGAAAGAUGGAAAAACAAGAAGAGGAGGGAAAAUAAGCGAUAGUCGUUUAAAAAUAUUUUUUCUUUGGACGUUUUUCGUCCCUGAAGUCGAAGUCGAAGAGAAGAAUAGUAAGAAUCGCUGAGUGAGUGUACGAAGAUCAGCUAAGCAAGUGGAAAAAUAUAGAGCGAGAGUGGCGAACGCAUCUGCAUCUGUGUCUGUGAGAUCCUUCGACUUGCAGUGAACCUGUGUUGAAGCUUGAUGCCUAAAGACUUCAACCACAACACCCCGAGACUACCCCGAAAACAAACAAUCUCUCCGAUCUGGCCGCCUACGUAUGAUGGAAAAUCGUAAUGGCCACGACGGGAGCAACAACCACGUAGCGGUCCUGCCAAACGGCGUCAUUCUGCGGAAACUUAAAUCGAACCAAACCGAUAGUGAGUGUCUUCUGUGUUGGAAGGAAGCUCGCAGUCCAAAGUGCCUGUGUCCGAACUGUUCGAAGCAGUACUGCUUUCAGUGCAUCAGAAAGUGGCUUUCGGACAGUAAAACCAAAACCACCGAAUGUCCGAACUGCCGCUGCAGGCUGCCGUUCGACGAUUUGGUCCGUUGCGCGGCGGAUCUCAUCGGCAACGAUGACAAACUCCAGCUGGUCGCGACUAAUUCAAGCGAGUGCGGGAAGUUGCAUCGACAACGAAAUGGAACCCAAUCGGGUUCGAUAAAAUUGGUGGUGAAAGUGAUCGAGAACGAUCCACAAGCGAAACGGUUACCGAACGGGAAUGCUGCAGUCGAGCCGAUGGUUAAUGGAACCACACCAGCUAAGAUGCUCGCUGUCAACGGGCGUCAUGGCAGGAAAUCGAAGGAUAUGAACAAGAAACAGCAGGUUAAACAUACCGAAAGCAAUGGAAAAGCAGCGGAAAAUGUGCGGAAGGAUCCAGGGAAGCUGAUCAAUGGCAUAGUACACAAGAAGGACAACGCUACAAAUGAACAGGUGAAUGGCGUUACUGAAGUUGAAGCAAAAGGUGAUCGUAUAACCAAGGAAAAUCCCAGUCCUCAUGGUAGAAAUGGCUUCAAAAAGCCACUUGCGACAAACGCAGACGAAGAAUCUGUAUCCAAAACGGUAGCAUUGGCUGAAACUAUUCCCGGUGAAACUGUACUAGAGAAUGGACAGAACAAACUGCAGGAUACUUCAACACACUUUCAGAAUGGAGAUCACAAUGGCGAUCUACCCGUCUGUACGCUACAUUCACUGCCACUAACGAUAUUUUGUGUAUCCUGCAAUUGUUGCAUCUGCGAGAAAUGUUCUCUACACCUUGCUUCCCACGCUGAACACAUUUUUCAAAAUGUCAACUCAAUCUAUGACACCAAACUGGAGAAAAUCAAUCGAGAGUUUGUCUCCGUAACUCGUUACCUAGACGAUCUCGGGAAGGUGAUACAAAACGUCGAGAGUAACAUCGACUGUGUGAAAGCCGCAAAAGCUCGCAAGCUCCAGGAACUGACCCGAUUGCUGCACUCCCAAGCGGAAUGCAUCGAGGCACAAAUCAACCGAAAAUUGUCGUCGCUUCGUGAUCAGCGGGAUGCCGCUGUAAACGAAGUUCACCGGGUUGCUUCUGGGUUCAAGAAACUAGAGGCUCAGCUUGCAAGCUGCUCAAAGCACACUCUACUAACCACAGAUGAUGAGUUCACCAAACGAUGCAGUCAGUUGGUGGAAAAUCCUGUGGAAUCCUUCGUUCACCGUCCCGUGCCUGCCGAUCUUGAAUGCGAUUUUAUUCCCGAAUUUCGAUCGGAGAUUUUCAUCAUCAAGGACUAUCGUGCGAUUGAACCAAUCGAAGAAUGUCGAACCUCAGAUGUACUGUACGACGUGAUUGGAUUCGGAUGGCGUCUGCAUGCGUGGAAAAGUGACCAUCUAUCGGUGACGUUGAUGAUGACGGAAGGUGUCACUGGGAGAUACGAAUACUACAUCGAGCUCAUGCACGAAACGGACCCAGCCAAGUCAAUCAAACUAACCGAAAUUGUUCACUUCGAGCAUCACCAGACUGGACCUGUGCACGAUUUGAUCGAGAACGACCGGCUGGUGGAUGAGGGUUUCUUGAGCGACACAAGCGAUACCCUCCGAAUAAAGUUCUCUGUUAGGCCACCGACGAUUGUAGCGAAAAGCUGCUACCAGCAGGAAUACAUCGAUCGGACCCGGAAGGACAAUGUGAACGAAUACGACAGCAAUGUUAUCACCAUUUGCAACAUACGUGACUUCACGACGUCCAUAGUGCUUUCGAAGCAAUAUACCGACACGGUUGGUUCCCGGUGGCGCUUGAACGUGUACCCGAAGGGUAAUAACACAAACUACCAAUAUCUGAGCACCUAUGUCGAGCUGUGCGAUGGUAUCGCUGGUAGAUAUCAAUACAUCGUGGAACUGUUACACAAGGAUGCUCACAAACAGGUAAAAUUCCAGUCGGAAGAUCACUUCCGGGUGGGGGAAAUUCGAGGUUACCAGAAAUUCAUCCGGGUGAAGCGAGUGCUGGAGGAGGGCUAUCUGGAUGAAGAUGGUUCCAUACUAAUCCGUCUGUCGAUACGGCCCGCGACGAUAGCUCUGCGUUGCCAGUAUCAGGAGGAAUACCAUACGCUCAAAGAGGAGAAAAUUCUAUUCCAGUUCAAUAGUCAACUUAGCCAACAUCUAACGAGAAUACGGACUCUGCGGGAGGAAAACGCUGCCCUGCAGAGCGUCACAUACCCAGAGUACAACUCAAACAUAUUUGUGAUGCGGAACUUCAGUAGUCUGCGGCAGAAUAGCGAGGAUAUGUGUUCGGAGAAUAGCUACGAUGACCUCGGCUGCUGCUGGCGACUCAUAGUUUAUUCCAACGGUGAUAAAAAUGGGCGGGAUAAGUGGCUAAGUGUGUAUCUGAGACUUCUAGAGGGAAUUCCUGGAAGCUAUGAGUACUGCGUCGAGUUGCUGCACAACGACCCCACCAGAACUAUCAAGAUGGAGGGAACGCAAACGUUCGAAAUUCAGGAGAAGUUCGGUUGGUCCAACUUUGCCCGUCUCGACAUGAUUUGUGCGAACGGAUAUAUCAACGAAGAACAUGAUUCGCUGUAUUUCCGGUUCUCAUUGAGGCCUCCAAACUAUAAAGUUAAAUGUGAAUCCCAACACCAGCUUAGGUCGGAUCUGAAGCGGGAAAACGAAUUGCUCAAGCGUGAACUGAUUCCUGAGUACAACACCAUCACCUACACGCUGAAGAAUUUCUCCGAGCUCCAACAAAAAGAUGGCUUCGUGUACUCUGAUCCACUGUGCGACGAUUUGGGCUUUACCUGGCGAUUACUGAUCUAUACCAAUGGACACAACGAAGGACGGGGAUGCCACCUGAGUGUAUAUCUGAUACUUUUCGAGGGCGUCUCCGGAAGCCGAUUCGAGUAUCGGGUGGAGCUGCUGCACCGUAAUCCCACGGCCAACAUCAAGAUGGAAGGCGUCAACGUGUUCAAGCUGAAGAAGAUCUGGGGCUGGCCACAGUACAUCCACCACGAUCGGCUACGACAGGAGGGAUAUCUGAGCGAGGACAACUCGCUCGAAUUCAGACUGUCCAUCUGUCCGCCUGAUAUCAAACUCAAGUGCGAGUACCAGCAGGAGUUUAUUAGGAAACUUAAGGAAAACCAAAAGUAGGUUAAUUGAAAUCGUGUGAAUGUGACAAUGUUCCUGUGUACAUACAGACUAAAACAAAUUAGAACAGCUACAAGUCAUUGGAAACUGACAGAAUGUGAGCGUGUGAAAGAAUGGUGGGCGCGGGUGGAAUACUUAAUAGACGAAGAACAAGAAGGUGUCAAUUAUGUAUGAAUAACUACGGUGAAAUAAACGAAAAUGUGGAGCGGUUGAGAACAUUAGCUAGCGAUUCAGAAGCUAAACAGUGAGUGAGAGCGGAUAAAUAAUCCCACGGAAGAAAAUCAAAACUCGACAGAAAAAAAAAUAAAUAUGUGUAACUCUCGGUGUCUUCCAAUGCGUGGCACAGGUCAAACAAACAGAAAAAAUAAAGCUUAUUUUUAGCAUUAGAAUGACGUUCGGAACUGACUGAGCACAGAAGGCAAAAGGAAUGCUGGUGAAGAGAGUACAAGGAAUUCGAGAGAAUGUCGGGACUGUAAACGCUAGAGGUCUCUGGUUUUUUUUUUGUUGACGUGCGAACGUAUGAAAUACUGCCAUUCUUACCUUCGUCUAUUUUUUCACUCAACCUGUUGCGGUGGAAAUGGAGCAUAUUUUUUCAGUUAUUUACACUCACCUCAGUUUUCGUUUUUAUUGAAUCUGUUCGUCAAAUUAUUCACAUUUUAGUCAAGCGACAGUUCCAAUUGGAUCCUACACCUCAGUUUUCGUUUUUCGACGGGAUAGGCCGAGCAUAAAUUUUUCGGUCACAAAAAAAACAUUUUGUACGAUGAAAAAAAAAUGACACGAGGGCAACAAAUAGUGGCGACCAUUCAGCAGUAGAUAGAUAGUAGAGAAAAUCUCGAUAGCGGGAAAAGUUACUCGGAACAAGGAGAAAACAGGCAGCGAGAAAACCGAUUUAUGUUAGCAAAACUUCGAGAAAUACGAUCGAAGACCUUUUUGUGCAGAAAAUUUGCUGAAGAAAAUAUUUUGAUUGUGUACCGCGCGCGCGAUCGUGAGUUUAGAUUUCACAUCAGACGAUCAAUGAGCUUUAUUAUUAAUUUUAGCCAAGUUGCUAUUUUCAGUGAGAUUCUGAUGACAGGUCAAAGAAUGAUGCGGUCCAGCACAGCUAUUUGAAUGUGCUAUAUUGUAGCUUUUUGAUUUGAAUAUAGUCAAUUUUUUAUGAUUUUUUUUUCUUUACUAUAAGAAUAGAACAAAUAUUCUGGCCAAAAAUUUUAAUAGUUUUGUAAUUUGAACGAAAUGAAAUUGUGACACAAGCGGCCUUUACAACUUUGUUUCAUCUUUGUUGCCAGUGAUAAAAAAUGUGGAAAACGAAAAAAUUCCUACAUGAAAAUAAAGAGUGAUUUUGAAAUAA